AUGUGCCUCUCAUUCUUGAGUUUCACAUUUGAGAAAGUUAUAUAUCUCACAGGUGGAAAUCAGCGUGAGCUUGCUCGCCAAAAGAACCUGAAGAAGACCCAGGAGAUCCACAAAGGGAAAAGGAAAGAGGAUAGCUUGUCUGCCUCUCAGCGGAAACAAAGAGACUCCGAAAUCAUGCAGCAGAAACAAAAAGCAGCUAAUGAAAGGAAGUCUCUGCAGGCAGGAGCAAAAUGAACCCUCCCUAUGGAGGAGACCUACGGAGAGGGCGUCAAUGAAACUAAAGGGCCGAGGAGAUCAGACAUUUAUAAAAAUGGCCAGCCAUUAAAUGGUUAAAUGUUUAUCUCAUACUUGCA